GAAUGAGUGAGGAUAUACUCUUGCCUAGCAUGGAGUACUGUGUAUCUAUAUUGAGGAAAAGGAUUCUUGGCUAGGGACAAUCAUUGGUCAUUACAGAGGUAUGCAAAUCAAUAGGAGCGGAUCACUCCACUAAGCGACUGUUCGAAGCUCUAUCUUUAGUGGGAUGCUCAUGUCUCAGACCACUCCUCUUGUUGUCUGAUCUCUCCUCUUCCUGCCUCCAUAUUCCCGCUUGAUGGUUGCUCCCCAAACGAUUUGGUUUCACCUUUUUAAGGAAUGCCCCAAAUCAUAGGAUUAGAAGAUGGACAGUUUCACAGCUUUAGUGAACUUGAUUUCAGGAAGUCAAUUCAAUUGGUAGCUUGUAUUUCCAUUGAAGCAAUCUCAGUACUAGAGAAGUUGCACUAUCAAGGAUCUGGGAUAUGGUUGGUGUGGAUAAACUCAUGGAAGCAGUUACCUGGGUAUCUGGCGAAACUCAUAGGCCUAGAUGGGGAGACUAAUGUACAGGUAAUUAGCGCCUACUUUUGCCUCGUACCCGUGUCCUCCGUCUGUGAUUCGAUUUGCCUAAAGUUUUAUGGCCUGUGGUUCUGAGGUUUGGCGGCACAAAACAUAUGUCCCGGAUGACCAUCUCUUGCUAAUACCAUUGCACUGAUAAGUUUCUAAACAAUGUUCCCUUCUAAUGGAUAUAUAUAUGUCCCAGCUCAAAUGAGAUGUAUUUUUAUUUUGGUAUCCUCGUGGCAUGAGCUGAAGUUUGAAUCUUGGCUUGCUUUGCUUGAUGAAGUUCAAGCUCAGUUUGAGACGAAUGCUUCAAAGGUAAUUAUGAUCAUCUGUACAAAUUCUCAAAGAUUAAACAGAUAAAAAUCCCAAUUUGAGCGAAAUCGCACUUAGACGUCAAAAAUGAAGAAACGAGAGUCAAUGGGGAAAAAGGGACCAAGAACCGGCACAUCGGGGUCAACAACGGGUGUCAAAUGGAGCGAAAAAAUGGAGAGAAUACAAAAAGGGGAGAAACCCGGCGCCGGCCCACCCUAUACCCGGCGCCGGCCCGUCGGAUUUUCGCACCAGCCAAUCCAGUAGCCUACCCGGCGCCGGGUUGGCCUGAUAGCCGGCGCCGGGUAGGCCUGAUUCUGCAAAUACAAAAGAUCGUGCUGAGAUAUAUUGAUGGAAAAAAACUCAUCUUCCUCAUGAGCUAAUCAAAUAUAUCUUCCAUACUUGAUUGUUGGGCUCGAAUAGACUAAAAGAUGUCAAUCUUUAGCCUAUAUAAAGCCCCCAAUUCAUCAAACAAGAUCAUCAAUCCAUCCUUGGAGCUUAAAUUUCAGUUUUUAUAUUUUAUUUUUGCAUUCUCUUGAAGUGUUGGAGAAGAAGCCAUUUCUCUCCUCUACAAUUGGUUCUAGGAUUUCUUCUGCAUCGAUGUAGAGGUCGAUCGCCCCCCUCCUGAACCACCGCCGAUCCAGGAAGAUGACAUUGGAUGGAUUGCUUUCUUUCCGGUGGCUGGUCAAACCGGAACAAUUUCUACGCUUGGCUCCUUACCGGUGGUUGGAAAAUUCGGCAAGUUCAAUAAUUCCUUUUCGGUGGCUGGUCAAGCCGAACCCAUUUCGAGUAGCAUGAGCAGACACACUGCGGUACGAGUCUACAUUGUUGCACGGUCCACAAGUUCUUGAGGAAGAGGCAAAUAUCAAUUUUCUCACAAGGAAACUUUCACGGUGGUUCAACUUG